ACGUUCCAUCUUCAGAGCAGCCUGAACUGUUCCUAAAGAAACUUCAACAGUGCUGUGUCAUUUUUGACUUCAUGGACACGCUUUCAGACCUUAAAAUGAAAGAAUACAAGCGCUCCACUCUUAAUGAACUGGUGGACUACAUUACAAUAAGCAGAGGCUGUUUGACAGAGCAGACUUACCCUGAAGUAGUUAGAAUGGUAUCUUGCAAUAUCUUCAGAACUCUCCCACCUAGUGACAGCAAUGAAUUUGAUCCAGAAGAAGAUGAGCCCACCUUGGAGGCAUCAUGGCCACAUUUACAGCUUGUAUAUGAAUUUUUCAUACGAUUUUUGGAAAGCCAAGAAUUUCAGCCCAGCAUUGCCAAAAAGUACAUAGAUCAGAAAUUUGUAUUGCAGCUGUUGGAGCUGUUUGACAGCGAAGACCCUCGAGAACGAGACUAUCUAAAAACAGUCUUGCACAGAAUUUAUGGCAAGUUUCUGGGUCUUAGAGCAUUUAUCCGAAAACAGAUUAAUAAUAUUUUUCUACGAUUUGUUUAUGAAACUGAACACUUCAAUGGUGUAGCUGAACUGUUGGAAAUUUUAGGAAGUAUUAUCAAUGGUUUUGCUUUACCUCUUAAGGCAGAGCAUAAACAGUUUCUGGUGAAGGUGCUGAUCCCUUUACAUACUGUCAGGAGUUUAUCACUCUUCCAUGCACAGCUGGCAUAUUGCAUAGUACAGUUUCUGGAGAAAGACCCCUCACUCACAGAACCAGUCAUUAGAGGUUUAAUGAAAUUCUGGCCAAAAACCUGCAGUCAGAAAGAGGUCAUGUUCCUAGGAGAGCUGGAGGAAAUCUUGGAUGUAAUUGAACCAUCACAAUUUGUCAAAAUCCAGGAACCCUUGUUUAAACAAAUUGCCAAGUGUGUCUCUAGCCCUCAUUUUCAGGUGGCCGAAAGAGCGCUGUAUUAUUGGAAUAAUGAAUACAUCAUGAGUUUGAUAGAGGAGAAUUCAAAUGUUAUACUUCCCAUCAUGUUUUCCAGCCUUUAUAGGAUUUCUAAAGAACACUGGAAUCCGGCUAUUGUGGCUUUAGUCUACAAUGUGUUGAAGGCAUUUAUGGAAAUGAACAGCACCAUGUUUGACGAGCUGACAGCCACUUACAAGUCAGAUCGUCAGCGUGAGAAGAAGAAAGAGAAAGAGCGUGAAGAACUGUGGAAAAAACUGGAGGAUUUGGAAUUAAAGAGAGGUCUUAGACGUGAUGGAAUAAUUCCAACUUAACAAAAAAACAAAACAGCAUUAUUAACCUGUGGAGUCACACAUUUAUGUAGUAGAAGAUGGAGCAACAGUUUUCUGUAUUGUGCAACUUUACAGUAGAUUUCACAUUUGUUUCAUUAUUACAACAGCACUGUAUAUACCUGUCUCUAAGUAAAGGAAAAAAAUAAGGACUUUAAUCCAAAGUUUGGACAGCAGAUGGACUUCUCAGAACUUUGCAAACAUAGUCAUUGUUUUAACCCUUCUUUAAAACCAGUCUUCAAAGAUCUGUUGAUGAAAAUUGCGAUGUCAAAUUCCAUUGUCAGGACCUGUUCCUUAUUUAUCGUUAGCAGAGAGUGUAAUACGACUUUCAAAUGUGAACAAUCUUAAAAUUUAGCUUGUCUUUCUGCUAAACUGUUAAGUGUAUUUAUAGUAAAAGAGAAAAAAGGCUGUCAUUUCCUUAUGAGUUUGUGUAACAUCCUCCUUCUCUGGAUAACUUUACUGUAAUUUGACUUUUUUUCCUUUUGCACAUCUUCAUAAGUUGAAUGUCCAUUCAGAUCAGGGCCAUGAAAAACAUAGGUCCUGAAUAAAAGUUCUGUUUACUGGUGUGAGCAUUUUUUUAGUACCAGGCUGUCUCUGGUGCUUCCUUAAUUUGAACGUUAGGAGUUAAAAAACAAGUAGGUGAUAAACAUAGUAGGAAAGGGAGCUUUGGAUUCAUGCACCUAUUUAUUGCAAAUCCAAAUUAGUGUCCACAAUCCUUUAAAAACGGGCAGUAGUAACACCCUGGACUUCAGUACCUAACCAGUAUUAGUGGUAUGGCAUUGGACACACAUACUGGAGUUGUUUUAGAAAUACUAAUUGCUAAAUUAUUAUGGUAUGUUUUUAUUGGACCAUUUUGAAACAAUAAAGACAAAUGCUAAACAGUGCAAGCAUGAAAUUGAUCUCCAGUGUCAUGGAUCUAAUUGGAAAUUGAGUUGAGAUGGCAGUUUGGACUGUUUGGAGUUGUUGCCUUACUUUUUAAUAUGUAUUUAUGAAGUGUUCCGGCAAAAGAGGAUGUAGCCUCUAAGAAACGUAUUAUAGUGGUUUUGUGGUUCUAGUACUAUUACUCAUCACAGUACCAGCCCUAUGGUCUUAGCUGGAAAGGAUUCUGGAUAAUAUACUUCUGCAUUCUCAUCUGGAUGCUCAUUCCUAACUACUGUAUUUGUUACCAAAAGUGGUUCUACAAAUGCUACUGAAAAAAAUUCUGGAAAUCCUAAUGUUCUGAGUAUUAAUAAUAAAGUUUAAAAUGCUUUUAUAUCAAA